UAGCAGCGGCCUUGCCGGCAUUUGCAAUCGCUUCCCGGCCGCCCCAUUCGCUUCCCGGCCGGAAAUGGCCCAGCGCCGCGCUCGCUCGCUCACGGGAUGUGUUGAGGCAGGUGCGAAGCACGGCCUCUCGUCCAAUGCUUCGCAAGCUCUCUCGUCCGAGGACAUUGACGUCUCAAAGCUUCGCAAGCUCUUCGCCUCGCUCGAUACCGACGGCUCGGGCUCCAUCACCGCGGGCGAGAUGCGCUCCGCCCUGACCAAGAUGGGCGCCGACCCCGCGGCGGCAGACGACGUCAUUGAGGACAGCGACGCCAACGGAGACAACAAAGUCACCUUUGAGGAGUUUGCAAAAGCCGCGCAGCGGGGAGCCGAGAUAGUGGCACUCGCCAAGAAGGUGCAGGGCUACGGCGGAGCAGACGCGAGGUCGGUCCAUUCCUACGCCGAGGAGGAGUGCAAGGCGUUUUCUGACUUCAUCAACGCAAGGCUCGCCGACGACGAGAGCCUGUCCCACCUCCUGCCGAUUGCGACGGCAGAUGGCCUCUUCUCUGCCGUCUCCGACGGCAUGCUGCUGUGCAGGCUGCUCAACGAGGCGGCGCCGGGCGCAAUCGAUGAGCGCGCCGUCAACCGUAUCUCUCCAUCCAAGCCGAGCCGCUUCCACGUGACCGAGAAUCAGAAUCUGGCCAUCAGCGCGGCCAAGGGCAGCGGCAUCAAGGUCGUCAACGUCGGGGCUGAGGACAUCAUCGAGGGCCAGCCGCACCUCAUCCUAGGGCUCGUCUGGCAGAUGGUCAAGAUGGCGCUCCUCUCGAAGAUCAACCUGCGCUCGAACCCGUUCCUCAUCAGGCUCGCCUCCCUGCUGCUCCUCGAGGGCGAGACGCUCGAGGACCUGCUCAAGCUGCCGCCCGAGCAGCUGCUCAUGCGCUGGGUCAACUACCACCUCGCUCAGUCGAGCUGCAGCCGCCGGCUCCGCAACUUUGGGUCCGACGUCGCCGACUCGGAGAUCUAUGCGCACCUGCUGCAGCAGAUCGACCCCGGCAGGCGUGUGAGCGCUGCCGACGUGAUGCGCCUCGGCGACAAGACCGCGCGCGCGCAGCAGGUUGUCUCCGCCGGCCGCCGACUCGGCUCCGACUUCAGCAUCCGGCCCAAGGACAUCGUGUCCGCCAACGAGAAGCUCAACCUCGCCUUUGUGGCGGGGCUCUUCAACGCGUGCCCUGCCCUGGAGCCGCUCGACGAGGAGGAGCUCAAGCUCUUUGACGAGCUCGAAGACGACGACGUCGGCGACUCGCGCGAGGAGCGCGCCUUCCGCCUGUGGAUCAACUCGCUGGGCAUCGACGGCGUGUACGUGGACAACCUGUACGACGGCGUCCGCGACGGGCUCGUGCUGCUCUCGGUGAUGGACCACGUGCAGCCUGGCGUCGUCGAGUGGUCCAAGGUGAACCGCAAGCCGGGGAUGGUCUUCAAGCAGGUCGAGAAUGUCAACUACGCCAUCGCGAUCGGCAAGGGCGAAUUCAAGUUCUCCCUCGUCGGCGUCGCCGGCUCCGACAUCGCAGUGGACGGCAGCAAGAAGCUCUCGCUCGCCCUCAUCUGGCAGCUGAUGCGCGCCCACCUCGUCUCCUUCCUCGCCACGCUCAAGAGCAAGACGCCCCGCUCGACCGACUCGGCGAUGGUGCGGUGGGCCAACGAGACGGUCGAGGCCGCCGGCUACGCCUCGCGCAUGAAGGACUUUGGCGACAAGAGCCUGGCCGACGGCCUGUUCCUGCUGGACCUGCUCACGGCGGUGGAGCGGCGUUGCGUCAACCGCGACCUUCUCGCCGACGGCGCCACCGACGAGUCGCGGCUGCUCAACGCAAAGUACGCGAUCGCGUGCGCCCGCAAGCUGGGCUGUGCGCUCUUCUGCUUGCCCGAGGACCUCGUCGAGGUGCGCCCCAAGAUGGUGAUGUCAUUCGUGGCUUCCGUGAUGGCAUUCGCGGGCGCGUGACGCCUUGCGACGCACUUGGCGCGCCCCGACUGUGAGAGAGCAGGGCGCAGGGGCGCACUCGAGACGACCCACAGUCCACCGCGUCCCCCAACCGCUGCGUAGAGACGCUCACCGGAGCCGCACACCGGCGAGAGAGAGAGCCGAGGCCGCACGGGACGGCCCCGCCCUUCGCAGUCGUUGUGGGGGGGGCCAGGCGGAAGAGAGAGUCUUCUGAGAGUUGAGAGAGUCGUCUAAGUGUCACUGUUGCGGUGCGUGUCCGACGAGGGCGGCGGCGGAGGCGGCGGCGGUGGCGGUGGCGGUGGCGGUGGCGGUGGUGUGUGUGCGCGCGAGUGUCUGUGUGUGCGUGCGCGGGUGUGUGGUGUGUGGAGGGAGGGCGGCACCGGAGGCCGGAGGCCAUCUCGCGACCUCGCCGCGAUCCGCUCUCGCGCGUCGCGCGCCGGCCUCGAGUGCUGAGAGGAUUGUAUAUCUUUCACUGUUUCUGUUUCACAG